CCCUCAGUUGCUCUGAAUAUCCACGCAGCAGGAGCCUUUAACUUCGCAACAGCCCUUCAGAUAUGCAGUGAAGCAAGCAGGCUCAAAGGAAAGAAAACAUCAAACUAGUACCCUUCCUUUUAUAGAAUGCCUUUCGGGGGAGGAAACAAGUGCGGCUGCUGCCAGAAAACUGUCUACUUUGCUGAGGAAGUGCAGUGCGAGGGAAAGAGCUGGCAUAAGUCCUGUUUUCUGUGCAUGGUCUGCAAGAAGAACUUGGACAGUACAACGGUGGCUGUUCAUGUCGACGAGAUCUACUGCAAAUCAUGCUACGGCAAGAAGUACGGACCAAAAGGUUACGGCUUUGGAGGUGGAGCAGGAACGCUGAGCAUGGACACAGGAGAAGGACUUGGAAUCAAGCCUGAAGUACAAGCUCCUCAUCGUCCAACAAGUAACCCCAACUCCUCUAAGUUUGCUCAGAAAUCGGCAGGCUCAGAAGUGUGUCCUCGAUGUGGGAAGACAGUGUACGCGGCGGAGAAGGUUAUCGGGGGAGGCAAUUCGUGGCAUAAGGGCUGUUUUCGCUGUGCUAAGUGUGGUAAAGGCCUGGAGUCCACAACGGUCGCCGACAGGGACGGGGAGAUCUACUGCAAAGCUUGCUACGCAAAGAACUUCGGUCCCAAGGGCUUCGGCUUUGGUCAGGGUGCAGGAGCUCUGGCUCACGCCCAGUGAAGCCCGAGGCCUCGGCCCACGUGGGGCUGAGAUCUGGUGCGCUGUGAUAGCGCAGCUGCAGACUCUCAGUCAACAUCUGCCCUUUUCUUUCUUGCUGCAGGCAACUUGCAAUGAUACACACAACACGCAGCUUCCACCUAGCAGAUUGGUGUUUAUAUGUACAACAUUAAAGAAAAAAAAAAACAUGGAAAUGUAACUGUGUUUGGAUGACCGCAGCGUGUUUUGACUCAAUAAUUAAUAAGCUGAGAUGUCAGGGGAUCCAGACACACGCAUGCUUGAUUAAUAUCUAAAAAACACUUGAAAUGAGCGUGGGAAUAAAAUGUUUAGACAAAGCCUUUCACACUGCUCUACAUGUCAAAUGAUGUACAUGUCUGACUAUACUUAUAUGCUUUUUAUUUUGCAUUUUUUGCAUUGACAUGAAUAAAUAUGCAAAAGCAAACCAUU